UAUGUGAAAAUGUAUGCACAACAACAGAAAACAUAAAUAUUACCUUCCGCAGAUUCAAAAUAGUCAUGUCAAUUCUAAGUGCAGUUAUAUCCUUGCCCGUAAGGACUUCGAUGAUUAUUAGCAGUCAAAUGAGGCAACGAUUUUGUAGAAAUUUUAGCAAAAGCUCCACCGUUUGUUUAAGAUUUGAUACACCUUUGUACAGUGCAGAAGCUUCGGUGAAUAAAAAAUAUCCAAGCUAUUACUACAAAAACAAAAAAAAGAAAAGAAGCAAAAUUUAUAUAGUGAUUGGGUUGUUUGGCGGCUACUGCAUCAUCGCGGCUUUGGGAUUUUUGUACAUGCAUUUUCGCCAAGUAAGCACAGAACUUGAUGAAAAGAAGAAAGAAAGAAAGAGACGCUCCAAGUUUGACAGGAUUUUCACGCCAGAGGAGGUAGCUGCACAUCCCACUUGGACCACGUACAAGGGUAAAGUGUACGAUUUCAGUUAUUAUGCAGCUGGGCAUCCCGGAGGUGAAGAAACGAUCAAACAAGCUGGGGGCACUUCGUUGGAGCCAUUCUGGGAGAAAUUCAAGUUCCACAACAGCCCCGAAGUCCUGAAGGAACUUGAGACUCUAAAGAUUGGUAAAUUGGUUACUGAUCACACUCAGCAGCCCAGGUGUAGAACUGCAAAUAACACACCAGUAUUGGAUCCAAACAGCCACAGAUUGGAACUGAUAUUUGACGAGGCGGACGAAAAUUUUAUGGAGCUCAACAUGGAGCAACUGACGAGUUACCCCAAAUACUCGAUUGUAAGUUCGAUACCGUGCAAAAAAGAUUCUACAAAGACCGAAGCCCAGGAUGCCCCGACGUGGUCAGGAACUCGUCUGAUAGACAUUAUCACCGAUUUAGACAUAAAAAUGAACGAGUACGAGAAAGUGCAAUUCGAGUGCCUGGACAAAGACCAGGUAGGUAUGGUCUAUCGCACCAACGUGUCUGCGGAAAAAGCCAACAACCCUGGCUUCGACAUUCUACUCGCCUACGAGAUGAACGGCGCUGAAAUACCGCUUGAGCACGGGUAUCCGAUCCGCGUCAUCAUUCCAGAGUACCCGGGCAGCAAGAACGUCAAGUGGCUGAGGCGAAUAGUUUUCAAAAAGCGCCAGAAAAUCGUAUACACGUUGGGAUCUUAAUCGCUAUAUGGUGUUUAUCGAUUGUGUACUGUACAAAGCCAAGAAUUUUAUUUAUUACACGUGUACUUGUAAGGUACUCCGGUACUCCUUGUUACACGGGCAGAGGUGUGUGUAUAAAUGAUGAGAUUUAUUAUU